UGAAACACAAGAAAAAAAAAAAAACAAACUGUUUUGUUCUCUGAUCUCAAGCAGAAUACUAUCUUCUACAAAUAUUUCUAAGCUGCUGCAUACGUCUGGAAAUUAGGAGGGUAUAAUCUGGUGAUUUUUUGCAUUGUCUUGGGCGAAGACUACUUUUGUUGCCCUUAAGGUAGAAGAGAUGGGAAAAGCCUCUCGGGACAAAAGAGAUAUAUACUAUAGAAAAGCCAAAGAAGAAGGAUGGCGUGCCAGAAGUGCGUUUAAGCUUCUUCAGAUUGAUGAGGAAUUCAACAUUUUCCAAGGUGUGAAGAGGGUUGUAGACUUAUGUGCUGCCCCUGGUAGCUGGAGUCAGGUUUUGAGUCGUCAACUGUAUCUUCCAGCAAAGUCCUCAGCUGAGUCAAAAGAAGGAGAUCUUCCUCUUAUAGUGGCCAUAGAUUUGCAGCCUAUGUCUCCAAUCGAAGGUGUCAUCCAGGUUCAAGGGGACAUUACUAAUGCUCGUACUGCCCAACUGGUUAUCAGACACUUUGAUGGUAGCAAGGCAGACCUGGUUGUUUGUGAUGGUGCUCCAGAUGUUACCGGUUUGCAUGACAUGGAUGAAUUUGUCCAGUCCCAGCUCAUACUAGCGGGCUUAACAAUUGUAACACAUAUUCUUAAAGAAGGAGGGAAAUUCAUUGCGAAGAUAUUCCGUGGAAAAGAUACAAGUCUCUUGUUUUGUCAGCUCAAGUUGUUUUUCCCAACUGUAACCUUUGCAAAACCAAAAAGCAGCCGCAAUUCUAGUAUAGAGGCUUUUGCAGUCUGCGAAAAUUACUCUCCACCAGAAGGAUUUAACCCGAGAGAUCUGCAUCGUCUCUUGCAGAAAGUGGGCAGUCCUUCAGGUGGAAGCCAUCUAGAUUGCAGUAGUGGUUGGCUUGAAGGACCCAACAAAGUUUAUAUUCCAUUCUUGGCAUGUGGUGACUUAACCGGUUAUGACUCAGACCGGUCUUACCCACUCCCAAAAGAAGCAGAUGGAUCGUCAUACCAGAGUUUGGACCCGGUUCAGCCUCCGAUCGCACCGCCUUACAAACGAGCUCUAGAGCUCAAGAAAGCUUCAGCACAAAGCAUCCAAGACACGCAUGAGUUUAAACUCUUUUACAUCACAAAAUGGAGGACCCGAACCUGAGUUGGGUGGGUCAAACAUAUCUAGCAAGACCAGGCAGAGAUGGAGUUUGAUCUCGACAGAGACGAAGAAGAAGAGUGUAAGAACUCGAUGCAGUCCUCAAUGGCUUCUGCACGGUGAGACUCUGACUCGUUUACAGAUUUUGACUUCACCAGAUACAUAGACGAUGAAGAGGAACAAGACAAAGACAAAGACGAAGUAGAAGAAGUAGACAGCGUAGCUUUGGUGUUACUACUACUACUACUCUUCCUUCCCCAUGACAUAAAACGCAACGUUUUGGCGACUUCGGCUCCAAUACGCCGGAGUAAUCUCCUCGCUCUUGGCGAACUCCUGACGUGGAAACUGAAAACUCCGCCGCUGACGACCCUCCGACGACCAUGUCGUGAGGAGGUGAGACCGUUGUGUGUUGGGUAGAUGAUCGGUUCUUCGUUCUCUUCUUCAGGGUCCGAACUAAAGCUCACUCUUUUGGAUCCUCUUCGAGACAUAUUCUUGUGCCUGGACUCUGUAGAGAGAGAGAGAGA